UAAACUAUCGUGUCAAGCGCACCUAUAUUAUGUUGUAUUAUGUUCUAGUGGUUUUAUAACAAAAAGGUUUUAAUUGUUUCUUUUUUUUUUGUUGUAUAGUGGUUUUAGUGAAUGUUAUAGUUUGAAAAGUGGACUAUUGUUGAAGCAAAAUGGAAUUUAAAACGACUGGUGUAUUGUUUUGUUUGGUUUUCGUGGCAGCUCGAGUAUCAAGUUCAGGUCUAGAGGUGAAUUUAACAAGGUCUUGGAAGCAAGACAUUGGUUGGGAGAUCAACUGCACCUGGGAGUUACCACCUCGCGACUACUUGCAGUCAGUUCGACUGUACCUCAAUAGACAGCAAUUCAUGAUUUUUAGGCCAGAGAUAGAUGGCCUUGAGCGUAGUCUAAUGAUCAGACGCCUAGAAGACGGCGUCGUGACCAACUGCGGGAUAUCAUCAGUCGACAGACGAAGGGGAUCGUGUGUGAUCACCAGCGAACUGUACCAACCUCAGAACAACAGCUUUACGUUGCAGUGUGAAGUGUCAGGAGAAAGGCCCACCUUUAUAAUGGAGAAGAAGACCAUUGUUGUUGAUAAUUUUGUACCACCAUCAGACGCUGUGUUGACAAGGGUACGAUCAUUGAAUGAUGUAUCAGACCGGGUGACGCUAAAUUGCAGCGCCAGUGGCGUACCUAGUCCGAACCUCACAUGGACUAUCGGUUCACAGAAGAUGCCCCAUGAAUUCAAAGGCACAGCAUGGAACGCGACAUCAAAGCUUUGGGACGUGUGGUCAAUCGUAUCAUACACACCUCGGUCAGACCUCAUUGCUGUUUGCACGCCAGAAGCUACUUAUAAAGGCGACCCAGUCAACGGGCAUUCUGCUCAAUAUAAUUCCGCUGCCGUUGAUAAAGGAGCCCUGACAAGCAUCAUCACGGUAUUGGCGGUACUAUAUCUGUGUCGACUGAGGUGAUCGAGUCUAAAGACAGGGGCGAAUACUUAAAAUAAAACCAAAUAGUGAUUUGUUCAAUUUUAUUUCGGCUGAAUAUCGUUGUGAACGAUUGAUUAUAUUUUUGAAGCUGAAUUUAUAAUACGUUGGUUUUUGCAGAAGUCCCGUUUUUUCGAAAAUGCGUUGUUUUUAACUUGUUCUGUAUUCUCUAUAUUUUUGUGGUUUCGCCUUUCAAGAGAAAGGCUCUUAUAAAUUUCACCCAAAUUAACAUUUAUUAUUCUUCAGUACAAUAUUUUUGAAAUGGAUGUAUGUAGAGUACUUUUGUUUGUGUUUAGGCAAGAAACCAACAUAUUACAACUGCAGCUUUUUACAAUUAUAUUUGGCUCUUUUUAGAGAUUUUUAUUUGUUUUACAUUUUAUAAUGUAGGUUACCAUUUAUAUUAUUUUUCUAUUAUAAUAAUUGAAAUUCAUAGUAUAAUAUAAUGCACUUAAAAAACCUACUUAUUAAAUGAGAGGAAGACCUUUGCCAUUUACAUUAUUAUAUUUUAAUAUGACAAAGAAAAACAAUGGUAAAAGUCCCCCGCAAUGAAUGUGCAUUUCAAAAUAUUUUUAUUAAUAAAAUUCGUGACUAUACAAUUGUAAAUAAAUUUUGGACGUAACGUUUUUAAAUAGAAGGUAAUUUUAAGAAAAUAAUCGAGCACCUCACAGGUACUGGAAGAAUACAUAAGAUGUAAAAAAAUAUAGUGACUAGGUCAAAGGCAUGAACUUGCUUGCAAAAAAAAACUGCACCGCUUUUAAAUUUGAAAUUCGAUAAAUAAAACUCAUAUCAUAGGACGCGUAAAAUAUCGUGUGGACAAUUUUGCAAGCAAGUGGAAAUACUGAAAAUAUAUUUUAAGCGAAGAUUCGACUUAGGAACAUAAGUAUAGUUGAGACGUUUUUGAAAGAUGGUGGAGUGUCAUGCAUGGUACAGAUUUAAGUGUUGUAUCUUAUAUUUACUUAUUUUUAAGUAAUGUGAAAAAGCCAGUUGUUACCCGCCCACCUAUUAUUAUAAUGUUUUUAGAAUAUUUUGAUUUUCUUAACAUUCCUUUCACUAGGUUCUAGAAUUGGUAAGUUGACAACACUAAUCAAUUAUUAUCGAUAUUUUUACACUUUUUAAAACCUGGUCUUAUAGGUUUUGUACAUCAAAAAUAACGCGUGAUAAGUAAAAUCGCUGCAAUAAACAUCGAGCUAACUUAUAGUGUGCAAUGUGUUCAGUUAAAUUCUGUGGUGUUAAGGCAAAAGGGGAUGAGUCAGAAAUUGUGAAAAAUGAGUUAAUUACACAGUUGGGUACAAAAUUUUACGAACUAUCAUGGUAAAAAGGAGAUAAUUCAAUAUAAUGUAUUUUAUUUCGUGAAUCUCCAAUAAAAAAUACGAGUCUAGUCAUAAAUAGCAAAACCUAAAAAGUAAAAAGGAGUUUUGUCUAGUUAUCUUCUUAUUGCAUACGUGAUCCUUUACUUAUAAAAUUAGGUAUAAUGAGAUAAGUCGACUUGUGCCUAAAUUCAUAUUCGUCGUUCCGCGUUAGUUGCAUUUCGCGCGCGAAGUUGACGUCUUUCUACUAGUGCAACGGUGCAAAAAAUCCUAAAAUUAUGGUUUACGUGGGUAAUUUGAGUGUUGAAACCUACAGAAAUGAAUAGGAUUAACAAGUUCGAUUUAACGUAAGUAUGAUGAAUUUAAAACCUUUAAAUUAUGAGCUGAUUCGGAUCUGGAGGACAACCAGUAUGGUUUCCGUAAAGGGCGUUCAACAGUUGACGCUAUACUGCUUCCUCCACGCAUACGCGUGAGGGUCCUGGCGGUCCUGGCGGAGGAAGCAGUCGACCGGGGCGAGGUGGUUUCGGCGGUGUCGCAUGACAUCGCUAACGCGUUCAACACCCUGCCCUGGAAUAUCAUAAAGGAGGCGCUCCGUUAUCAUGGAGUGCCAGGGUACCUCCGUCGCAUAAUCGGGGCCUAUUUAUCCGAAAGAGCUGUCGUGUACCUGGAUCGAGAAGGAUGGGUUCGUCAGAACAUCUCUUCCUCAGGGGUCGGUUCUUGGCCCUCUCCUGUGGAACAUUGGCUACGAUUGGGUCCUGCGCGAUGCGCUUCUCCACGGCGUCAGCGUGAUAUGCUACGCUGACGACACGCUAGUCACAGCACAUGGGUAGACGUACCGGCAGGCGGCCAUUCGGGCCACAGCCAGUGUCGCGCAGGUCGUGGGUAGGUCUUAGCCUCGAAGUGGCCUUGCACAAAUCCGAGGCCCUUUGCUUCCAUGGGCCAAGGAAGAAGCCACCUCCGGGGUCCAGUAUCGUGGUGGGAGGGGUUACCAUCGCUGUGGAGCCGACAAUGAAAUACCUGGGACUCGUUCUCGAAAGUCGUUGGGACUUCGGGCCACACUUCCAGCGGCUCGCUCCUCGGUUGUUGGUCGCAGCUUUAGCGCUCUCACGCUUGUUGCCCAACCUCAGGUGACCCAAUACCUCCUGCCGGAUGGGGGUCGUGCGGGCGAUGGCGCUUUACGCCGCGCCAGUGUGGGCGAGCACCCUGACGGCCCGCAACCUUCCAGUGCUGCGAAGACCACAGCGAGCGAUGGCCAUCAGGGUUAUAAGAGGAUACCGCACGAUCUCCUUCGAAGCUGCAUGCCUCCUAGCCGGAUCGAGACCGACAGCCCUCGCGUCACUCUAUACAUGGCGCGAGGAAGCGGUGGGGCGGCCCGAGCGCCUCGUGCCUCGGCAAGUUGAGUUGCGCAGUUCAGAGCUCCGCCAAGACCUCAUUGCGGAAUGGGAGCAGCGACUUGCGCGACCCACGGCAUGGCACGCCGCUCUCGCGGCGGUAAGGCCCAUACUGAAGGAGUGGCUGGAGGGACGCCACGGCGCCCUCAGCUUCCGGCUGACACAGGUCCUUACCGGACAUGGGUGUUUCGGAAAGUUCCUGUGUCGCAUCGGUCGGGAGCCCACGCCCGAAUGCCACCACUGUGGCAUCUGGGGCAACGCAGCGCCGUGACCUAGCGGCAGCAGUAGACGCUGCGGGAAGUCUUUCGCUGCCGGCUGUCGUGUCCUGCAUGGUCGGCAGCGAAGAUGGAUGGAACGCCGUCGCAUCCUUUUGUGAGGAUGUGAUGGUUUGAAAGGAGGCGGCGGAAAGGGAGAGAGAAGCUGCUUCCUCUCUCCCCGCCCGCAGCAGACGUGGAGGACGUCGCAGAAUGACUAAUCUCCGGCCACCAUAGGGCGCGGCCUGCGGGCGACAGACUAGGGGCGUCUGUCGUCCGAUCAGAAACAGGCCUCGAGACGGUGGCGUUGUGUUGCGCGCGCAUCUCUUAGUGGAGUUUGCUGUGGCCGCUGGGUGACGGCCACAAAGGUUGACGGGGCCCGCCUUUGAACAUCUGGGGGGCCAAUACCUGUCGGGGGUGCGGAAGAAUGCUUUGGCGAUACCCGUGCCCUCGACAAUAGGUAAUUGAAGGCAACACUGGGUGGGUUUUUAGCCGGUAAGAGUUUGGCACACCCCCUCCACCGACCCCAGGUGGAGGGAAGUCCAUGAGGAUUUCCCCCCUGCCAAAAAAAAAGGUAUGUACGUAAAUAAUAAUAGCAAAUAAAGAGACGAGUCGUUCUAGGAUUUUUUUUUAAUUUUUACCGUGUUACGGAAAAAGGAGAUAUGUCAAUUAUUUUAAUAAUUAAGAAAUAAAAAUAUUUUUCGGGUACAUAUAAAAGACGACUAAAUUAAUAAAUGAAAAUUAAAACAGAGUUGUGUUAAUUAUUUCUAUACACUUUUGAUUA